AUGGCGCCCAAGCCGAGCCCCUCGUCUUCCCCCGCCGCGUCUCGCGGAAAGAUCAGCGGGAAGGAGCUGAAGCAUCAGCUCCGCGGAACCGCGGCCUCCAGCGCGCGUGCAGCGAACCUCUUCUUCUCUUCUGAGUCAAGCGGCGGCGCCCCAAGCUUGACUGGCGGAGGCGCCACGCAGCUCGCAGCGAUCUUUGCGCACUUUGCUCAGGUUGCGACGACUACAGAUCCGGCGGCCGCCGAGGCCGCGGAGACGCGCAAGGCGCCGCGAGCCGCCCCCUCCUCUGGGUCUCCCUCCUCUUCUGGUGAAGCGCCCUCGCAGCACAGAGAAGAAACACGACGGGCGUCUGCGGAGAGGCGCGACAGCGCGGCGGCCUACGGACGCAGCGGCGGCGGCUUGGGCGCCCAGGCCUCCGCAGGCGCCAGGAGCGCCGCACCGUCGCCAAGCGGAGACGGCAGAGAGCAGGCACAGGUCGAUGAGAUUCACCGCGCCCUCGUGAAGCUCACGAAGCGCGACUCGGUCACGCGGCUCAAGGGCCUGCAAGAACUCGAGCACCUCUUGCAUGCGGCCGCUUCCUUUCCGUCUGCCUCCUCCGGCUCCUCUGCUGCUGCCUCUCGGUCUGCUUCUUCCGCGUCUUCUGCGGGUGCGUCAGCAACGGAGGCCGAUAACCCGUUCUUCCAGGAUGUCGCAGAAGGCAUUCUCUCGCAGUUCGUCUACGUCUACGGCCGGCUGGCCCUGUGGGACGCGGAGCGCCGCAUUCGCGCGGGCGUAAAUCGGUGCUUGGCGCUGAUCGCCGCGCGAGCGCGGAAGGUCCUCGCGCCGCACCUGCGGCUCCUGCUGCCCUAUUGGUUUGCCGCCUCCCAUGACGAGGCCUCCGACGUCGCGCUCGCUGCGCAGCAGGCCCUGGAGCUUGCGUUUCCCUCCGCUUCGGCCUCCGCCGCCUCCGGUCUCUCCGCGGCGAGUUCAGUGGCCUCCGCCGCUGCCGGCUGCUUUCGCGGGUUCGUCGGCAGGCACGCCCGCCUGGUCGCGGCGCUGACGCACUGCAGGGAGGCGAUCUUCGCGGAGUAUUUGCAGCUGCUCGCCACCGAUGUGCGAGGCCUCACGGCGCUCAUCUACGGCGACAAAGGUGCUCAGAAGAAGGGCGCAGUCGCGGACGCGAAGCAAGACGAGGAGGCUGAGGAUCGGUACGACCGGACGCUGCGCUGCGUCCUCCUCGCUUUCGGGCAUCUGGCGCGGCUCCUGGCUGCCACGUCCCUCGCGAAGAAAGAAGCCCCGCAGGAGGCGUGCAUGCUAGGAGGCUGGGCGAAAGACUUUGAGCCGCUUUUCUCCGUUGGCGCGCAGACCGGCCUCGUGCGCUUCCUCGCGCCCACGGCCUUCCGCCUAUCGGUGCGGCAGGCUGCGCUCGCGUCGCUGCACGCGAUUGUGAAGACUUUCUCUCAAGCCGGACUUCCGCUGCCGCUUCCUCCGCAGGCGACAACUUCGCUCUUUGCCUCGCUUGGCCUCACGGGCGGCACGGGCGGGAAGCACGACAAAGCACUGAAGACAAAAGAGAAAAGGAAGGCUGCCUCUGCAGCUGCGGCGGCGUGCCCUGCAGGGGCGGCUGCAGGCGAGGCCGCUGACGGCGCCGCUCACGCCGCAUCCGCCCCUCUCUCCCUCGCGGCGCGGGCUGCGUAUGCCCGCGACCACGAGGUCUUCCCGUUGCCUCUCUUGCCCAAGAGCUUCUACUCCGCCGUCUUCAGCGCCCUCGCUGACCGGCUCCUCUGCGCCUCGCGCAUGACCGCCUACUGGAGCGAGAGCCGCGCGGCGGCGGCCCUCAGCGCUCGCGGAGGAGGCGCCCCGGGCGACCUGGAAGGCGAGAAAGUUGGAGCACAGCGCACACACUCCGCAGUCGCCGACCGGGGGAGGAAGACAUCGGCGGCAGCUUGCGAAGGGGGCGGGGGGGUCGCCCCGCAGGACGGGGUCGCGGAGCGCUCGGCAGACGGCGAGAGCGACGCGGCCGCAGUCGAGAAAGAGGUCUUUGACGCGCAUGCAAAGGUCGUGGAGCAGCAAGUCACUCUGCUCUUGCCCAAGCUCCUCGCGGCCGUUCGGCACGGAGGGUAUUCGGCGUCUGCGUCCUUCUACGACGCGCUGCUUCCGCUGCUCGCCGCGCUACCGUGCGAGGUGCUGCUGCACUCGCAGGAGGGCCGCGCCUUCGUCGUGUCUCUCCUGGGCGACUGCGCGCUUCUGCAGCCUCUUCUCGGCCUACCGGCCACGGCGCGGGCCUCCGGCGCAAGCGGCAAGGCGAAGCGUCUCGCGCUGCUCCCCUUUGCAUGCGCCGUUGCAGGCCACACCUGGCUGGCGGCGGAAGGCGACCGCGGGAAGGCUAGGCCGGGUGCGGCAGACGGAGCUCAAGCACGCGAGACGGAGACGCCGAAAGCCGCUCUGGAGGGAGUCGCGGGGGAGGGAAAGCUCUCACAGGCGGCGGAUCAAAGUGGCGACCGCCGGUCGACGCGGCCAGGUCAGAGCAGAGAGACCAAGGCGGGGCUCUCCAGUGACCCAGCUUCCUCGCCCUCUCAAGUCGUUUCCGUGCUGCCUUACCCUGGCGCUCGCGCGUUGCUGACAUCGCAUUACACGACUCUUCUCUUUCUGCUGCAGAAGCGACUCCUCCCUCUUCUUCCGCUUCAGCGCACCCCUUCGGAGGCCACCGCCGCCUCCGCCUCGUCUCGCCAUGCAUCAGCUUCACGCCCCAGCGCGCCUCCGCCGUCUGGCGCAGACGGCGAGCAGCCGUCCUUGUCAGGCCUCGACGAAGACCAGAAAGACCUGCUUCGCCUCGCCGUCGCCCGCGCCGUCGCGCUGCCGCUGUGUUUUCUCUUUUUUCCCUCGCGGCGGAGCGCCGCUGCAAUGCCACCUCUCCUUCUGAGUCGUUUGCGAGAUCAGUGCGUCGGCGGAGCUGCAGCCGCAGAGAGUGAAAGCCAUGCAGACGCUCACGCGAGACGUGUGAGCAGCGAUGCGGACGAGGAGUUUCCUGUCCGCUGGCAUGACGACGGAGACAGACAGGCCUACCGCGGGGCGCUGGUGCCGACUCUCAGCUGGUUCACAGAGGAAGUUUUCAAGCGGCGCUUGGCAGGCGCUGAGGCUCUCGUCCUCUCGCCGUUGUUUGCCUGCCUCGCUGAACAUGCGCAGGGCCUCCUCACUGCGGCCGCUGCUGGUUCGCCCUCAGCCUCUCUUGCGCUGCAUGGCUCUGUCGCACGUGCGAUGGCUGAGGAGGAGUCCUCUGCGUGCCUCGUGCUGGGGCCUGAAGAAAAGGAAUGCCUCAUGCGCGCCCUCGCGCUGUUCAGCCAGACAGUCCUUCCGCUGUUCGCUGCUCUGCGGGAGGCCGCCCGCCAGGGCCUGACCUCUGCGUCUGCGGCUCCUGCGGCGUCCCCUUUGUCGCCUCGGGCCGCCGCCUCGCCCGCAGCUCAGGUGUCGUUGGCGAGUUUUGCCGCAGAUCUGCGGGCGCUUCAGGGGCGCGGUCUGGCGUUGCUUCUUCGCUUGCUGCGCGAAAUCCUCGUUGCACAGUGCCGGCGCGUCAGCGACCCGAGCCCCGAUGAAGGCGACCUCGCCCAGCCUGGCGCCAGCGAGCUGCGGCCUGCGCGAGGAGUUGAACGCGGCGACGACGAGACGCUGGACCUUGUCUAUCGAGACUGCGCGCGCGCGGUGCUGGCUGCGCUGUGGCAGAGUCUGGAGUCGAGCUGCGGCGCAGACGAAUCAGGAGAGGCGCGAGUUGGCGCGACGCGGGGCGAGUGCGAGCCUGAAGGCCUCGGGCCUCUGUCUCUUCUUUUGGGGGAUAGGGCCGCGCAUGGGAUCGCCGAAGAUGGAGAUGGCGGCGUCGUUCAUCUUCUCGGCUUUCUUGUGCGGGCAUGUGCAGAAGGCAUGGCGCGUGCAUUCUCUGCGCCGGCACACCCAGGGGCGGCCGCCGGAGGCAGCAAGCUCUCGCCCGCGGAGCGAAGUCUGUUUUCCUCCCUUCUCGCCCAGUGGGACGUCGCGCGCCUCUUCGUGGACGACUUGCUGCUGCCUCUCUUCAGCCGAGUGCAGGCCCAGGCCCGCGGAGAGUCGAGAGACGCAGCGCCACCGCUCGCGGACUCCUCAGCCUUCGCGUGCGCGUGGCGCGGCCUGGUCGCCGUGCUACUUCCUCCCUCCCCAGCUUCUGGGGGGCGAGGCGUUUCCUGCCCAGAGGGGGAUCAAAGUGAAGGCGCACCGGUCUCUGGAUCGGGCACAGAGGCCAGCGACCUCCUUCCGCAGCUUCGCUCGUGGCAAGAAAGUUUCGCCCUGGGCCUGCUGCAUCGCCUCUGGAAGGGCCUACGGCGUCCCGCUGGAGCCGCGCCCUCCGGACAUUCGCCUUCAGCGGGCGAGUCUCACCACGCGAGAGCGGAAGCGUGCGCCGGCGAAGAAGCGGCUCUCGAGAAGAGCCUCUUGGCCUCAGCCCAGUUCGCGCUCGCGGCCCCGGCGCCCUGGGCCCAAGAGGGCGCUGGGGUCUCCGCGGUCCUUGCCUGGAGCCCAACGCGGUCGCGGCUCCACCAGCUCGUCGCGCAGGAGCUCCUGCCGGACUACGUCGAGCUGCUUAAGGAGACGCUGGUGUACGCGAGCGGCGGCGGCACGACAGAGGAGUUAGAUAGAGAGCAAGACGCGGAAGCAGGCGCAGCAAGCAAUGCUGUGCAGGGGCAAGCCCUUGAGGCCCCAAUGAUCCGCGUCAAGACUGAAGAGGCUGUGCUGAUGUUGACCGGAGUCUGUCUCCGAGCGCUUCACCAGCUCUACGUUGACCAGGCCGACGUCUGUCAAGCGUCACAGGAGAAGCGCGGGAGCUCGUCUUCGCUCGUGCCUCAGGCGGACUCCAAGAAACUGUCUCUCUACGUCGAGGCGACGGCGCGUACGCGAGCGGAGCUGCUCGGUGUUCUGUUCCCGCUCGUGACUGAGGCGACUGUGCCUGUGCUUCUCUCUCGGCUGCCUGCGCCUUCGCCUACUUCGCAUUCGAGUCUGCCGCCGUCUGCCGCGCUCACCGCGUCCGUAUCUGUCGCUGACGCGUCGGCCGUCGCAGCUCUGAGUGAGUGGGCGGCGGGCCUUUUGGUGUUUCAUCUGCUUCAGCACCGGGCCCUGGAGACCGCGGACGGCAGCUCGUCCCAAUCGCUAGCGUCUCGCGCGUCGUCUUCUGCGGCGGAGCUCCUGGCUGCCCUCGCGGCGCGCCUGCCGGCGCCCGCGGUUGAGCAGCUUCUCUCUCUCCUCCGCGCGGCGCUGGCCUUUCCGCGCGCCUCCCUCUCCUCACCCGUCUUCGAGCCCGCGCCUGCGGCACGCCUCUUGCGCGACGUUGGCGAAGCAGCCGCAGAAGGAGGCGCAGCAGAGCAGGCGCAGGCCGACGAACCGGGUCGGCUCCUUCUGCGGGUCUCGGCCGCGACCGUGCACAGUUGGGCCAUUUGUCUGGCUGCGCUGGGCAAGGCACUUUUCGUUCGAGAAGCGGCGCCGCGUCUCCUGGCCCAUGCAUGGGAGAGCGAGACAUCCUCGCGCACGCACAGCAUGCACCACGGCUUGGAUGUCUUCGCCCUUCUGCUUCGCCUGCCGGCCCCCGGGCCUGCGCAGCUUCGCUCGCGCUCCACGCCUGCGACCGGCGGUUGCCUCGCGCCGCCCACGCCCUACAGCUCGGACUCGCAGUCGGCGGGCGCCUCCGCGCAGGGCGCUUCGGAGAUGGUGUCUCUCUUCCGAGACGCAAAGGAGGCUUUUCAGGGUGCGCAUCAGCUGGCGCUUGUUCACAGCUGCUUCCUUGCCUUCCUCGAUGCGUGGCGGGCUCUGUGCGCCGCCCCUGACUCGUCGCCGCACGCAAGCGGCGAAGCAACCGACCGCGCGCUGUUCCUUCUCUCGCCCGAGCUUCUGAAGGCCGAGCCAGGGUCCUCCAACUCCGGGCGCGUGGCUGCGCUGCUGUUGCUUCUCUUCGCCUCCGCGCGAGUCUCCAUCGAGCCUGACCUAGCUGUCUCCUCGUUCGCGAGUCGCGCCGCGACCGCGGUCGAAGCGUCCGAAUGCUCGGGCGCGUCGCGCAGCUUUUCUGCGCUUCCCGAGAUGUGUUUUCCGCGAUCCUUCGAGUUCGCGAGACGCAGAGAAAGAGUCGAGAGUCUGUUGAGCAUUGCCAUGCCUGCGCUGGUGACCACAGUGCUGAGGGAGGGUCCCCACAACGCUCUUCCAGACCCCGAAAGCCUCGCAAACGCUUUGCGCUACGGGGCGGACCAGGCCGUCCAGGCUCCUUCGUCUAGCCCUUCCUCACUCUUCUCUGCGCUCUUCUGGCAGCUCCUGCUCCACUGCGAGGCCGAAGGCGACUACGCCGGCGACGAGGGGGAGCCCGUGCGCGCCUCCUCCGCAACUUCGCCGCCCGCUUCUGGGACGGCAUCGGCUAUUGGGCCUUGCAUGCUGCGCGCAGCGACCAACAGCGCCCUUCGCGUCUUCCUUGCGCUCUCCAAGAUCUCCGCUGAGGACAGCGAGGCCUCUGUGGAGAGGGCCGCCGCGGGCCUGCAGGCCCUCCGCGGGGCCUUCGAGUUCCUCCGGUGGGUCUUUCGCGCGAGCUUGGCGACCGCGAAGGUACGCGCAGCGGCGCAGGGAGGCCAGGCAAAAGAAAGCAUCUGCGCCGCGGAGAACAGCGCGGAGAACGCGAGCGCGGCUGUCCCCAUCUCGUAUCCGAGCGCGUUGGCUGUUCAAGUCGCCGCAGACGCUCUGCAGGAUUUCCUCCGCGCCCUCGGCUCUGCGGCCGGCGAAGGCACGGGUGGAGAGGAGGAAGACUCGCGGCGAGCGCUGUGCGUCUUGCUCAGCGAAGAAGCUGAGAAAACGCAGCGUGUCCUCCUCGACUUGCUUCGUACGCAUGCUGCGCGCCUCCCCCUGCAUGCGCCUGUGGACGUUGUGGAGACGCGAGCCUCCUCAAAAAAUUCUGGCACUCUACUUAGAGAGGGGGCCCUCGCGCGCGUCGUGGCCUCUCUCGUCUCUGCGCUGCUGACGAUUUCUUCGCUAGGCAGAGAGCUCGGAGAAGCUGCGCGAGCGUCGGGUGAGCACUUGCCUUCUUCGCCGCCAGCAGAGUGUGCUCUCUCUGCGGCAGCCCGCGAACGAGAGAGCCAAGUUCUCAAUCUUCUUCAGUCGCUGCGCAGCGCACGGAGACCUCUCCUUCCGGCGAUUCAAAAGUCGCUAUUCGUGGAAGAGGAGAAGAGGGCUGCGCAACGGGACGACCCCUGUGAGACCGCCGGCGAGACGCUUGUGAGCAGAGACACGAGGGCCGCUGAAGCGCUUGAGGACUCGUGGAGGAGGCUGGAGGCCGUCGAUGCCGCCUGCGGCUUGCGGCUGGUCCUGCGUGCUUCGGCCGCCGCGCCGCCGCACUCGCCUCUCGAAGGAGGCCAAAGCGUCGAAGUUGCAGACAGCAGUGAACGUGACUUCGAGUCCGAACGGCUGAGCGACGAAGCAUUCCUCCGCGAGGCCCUCAGACUCGCAAACGGCGUGCUUGAGGCCUCCAACCGGUGCCAGCGCGCGGCGAGGGCGCGACAGGGGAGUCAGACCGAGGCGGAGCCCUCCGCAGGAUGUGUCUCUUCUUCGACGACCAGCUCUCCAGGCGCGGCCUCCGAGUUGCGGGCGGACGCAGGGCGCGAUAGCCAAGCCGCCAGCGUGCGCAGCUGCACUCGGGACGCGCGGCUCGUUCCGGGACGCAUGGGGGCCGUCUCCCACGUCCUGGCUCUGGCUGUGAACCUUCUUGGAAACGGGGCGUGGCGAGAGAGAAACGGCCUGGAGGUCCUGCAUAGUCAAGAGGCUGUGGCGACGGCGCGUCUGAGCAAACCCGUCAACCGCCUCUUGCUUUUGGCUCUCGCCGUCCGCCUCGCCGUCUUGUACGACGAGGCGCAGCGCCUCCACGAGCCUCGUGGCCGUGCCGCUGCCUCGUCGGCGUCUUCCGCUGCGGCCUCCACCGCCCUCGCGGUCGGGAAGAUGUCCUUCGGCCGCUGCGCCCUCACGCUGUCUCCCUACGUGUUUUGCUCCCAGUUCUACGACGACUCGGUCUGCCGCGUACUCCGCGCGCUCUGCGAUUCGCUGGAUUUGUCUUUGCCCGGGCUGCGGGGCGAGUCGGACGGCGCCGCGGCCGACGGAGACAGAGGAGACACCUUGGCCGCGACGACCGCGGUCGCGGCGCGAAUUUGCGGGGCGCUGCUUGGGUGCCGCAGAAGCCCAGUCCAAGCGAGCCUCGUGCGUUGCCUCCGCAGAUACCCCUGGUUCGCCUACCCCGUUGGAGAGACAGGAGUUUUCCCGUCGUUCCUUUCGCUGUUUCACCGCGAGAGCGCCGAUUCAAGCGGCAGCCGCGCUCAGCGCGACGGCGCCGUCUGCAAAGCGGCCGCGGCAACCGGACAGCACGACUUGUGUAUUUCACGCGGAGACACAUUCGGCGAUGUUUUCGCUUAUGUCGCGGAGGCGGAUCUGUGUGAGUAUCUGUGCGCGGGAGAGCGUACGCGUGGGCAGGGCGUCCCUCUGUCGCUGCAGCACGGCAGACACCUGCUUCAGCGUUUCGAGCUCUCUCUGGAGACGUCGUCGCAGGCGGAGGACGCGGAGGACUCAGAUGAAGGCGAAGCGCGAGCAGACGCCAACGAUCCCCCCUCCAGGGUCAACGACAGCGACACGCCCAGCGGAGGGCGCGCAGGCGCCGCCCGGGGAGGCACGUCACCUGCGAGCGAGAGGGAGAGGACAGCGGAAGGCUCACCGAGUGCACCGUUCACAAUCCCGCUUGCGAGAGAGGGCGACGCGAGGCCGUCUCUCUUUGGCCGUCUCCGCGGCAUCUGGUCGUCGGCCGAAGAGACCGAGGCGCAGCGAACGCAGCGCGAAGAGGGCGAGGCUGAGGAGGAGAGAGAAGAAGCGCGAAUCAUGCAGGAGGUUCUGCAGGCUGUCGAAGAGGCACGCGAUAGCGAAAGGACUCGCGCCAGGGGGCAGACGCCUGUGGCAGUGCCAGCGCAGCCUUCGCCAGCUAGUCGGAGACACGCCUGUAGCUUUGCGUCGGUGCUGCCGAGCCUCGCCUCUGGCGCGUCUCUCGCCUCGAGCUCCCCUUCGCUCUCGCCGGAGGAGGAGGGCUUAGCCAUUCUCGGCUGGCUGCUGCAGAUCUUCACGGGUCGCGUCCUGGCCGCGCAGCUGAUUGAGACCUUCCGCGACGCGGCGGGCGCGCUCGCGCUUGCGUCGCACAGCCACGUGGACAAAAAGACGCGCUCGCGGCUUCUCGGCGGCAGCCGGCGCCCGCCUCGAUCCUCCUUCGAGUCGAGCCUCCUGGCGAGCGGCGACGAGAAGGCUGAAGCGCAGCUCGACGACGAGGAAGGCCGCGAGCGAGAGGAGCUGCUGGAGGGGGUGGCGCUAGGCCUUCGGGGAUGGAUCAUCAUCCUGCCGGCGCUGCUUGCCGUUGCGUCGGGCGGCAUGGCGAGUGACGGCGCGAGGAAGGGCGCCGACGACGCGCCGGCGCAGACCUGCGUGGCGUAUCUGCAGCAUCUGUUUCAGACGCCGCCAGGGCAAGCGGCGCUUGCGCGGAGAGUCCUGAGCCGCGCGCAGCCUCCCUACGCCUCGCCGUCCCCCUCCGCGGCUUUGUAUGACCGCCUGUGCACUUCCGCCGCGACGUCGGGGUCGGCCCCGACAUGCGCCACGUGUGCGGCGUGCGCCUUGCUGCAGGACGUCGCGCAGAUGUCGCUCGUGCAAGCUCUGAUUGAGUUCCUGUGCGUCACAGUGCUGCAGCUCGCGGAUGAGGAAGCUCCGCGUCUUUCGUCCGACGAGCUGCUCAUUAUCAGGUCUGUCCUCGCGUCGUCUGAAGACUCGAGCCACAAUCUAUCUCUCUCCGCGCGACCCGCGGCGCCCCUCGCCUCAGGUCCUGAGUCGCGCCGCGCGGUGACGCCGGCCUCCGUUGCUGAAUGGCUCGUCCCCCCAGGCGCCGAGCUAAAACCGAUGAAAAAAUGCAAAAAAAAUGCGAGGCACGCAGCGUUGUCUGCCGAGCCAAGCGACGCGCUGUGGUUCACGCGCGACUGGAGGGUUCGCGUCGAAACCGAGGGCAGGCGCGACGUGGGCGCCGCGACGGGCACGAAGGCUGGAGCCUCAGAUGCUGCAGACCAAGAGGAGGAAUCCUCCGCGCUGCAGGAUCUGCCUCUGCACGGAGUGGUGUGGGAUGUCGCGAACCGAUCUUUCCUGUGGCUUCUCGCCUCUCACGUCUACUACCUCCUCCUGCAAGUGAACCCGGAGGCUGUGCGGCGCAUGUGGACGCGGUGCCGCAACGGGCGAACGAGGCGGGCGCUGGAGGCCUUCACGGAGACUUAUGUCUCUCCUGGGCUGGUGCUUCGCGAAGUCCAGGCAGCCUCUCAGCUGGCGAACGUUUUCGAUUUGUCGCUGCGCCUCGACGCCCGGCAACGAGACCUCGCAGUCACGUAUCGCGAUGAGAACGGCGAGAUCUCUGUGACGCUGAAUGUGAUAUUCUCGAAGAAUUUCCCUCUUCAAAAAAUUCGGCCUCAGCUCGACUUGGCGCGAAUCCCAGGUGUCCCGAAAAGCCGCAGCAGCCGGUGGCUCCUCGCGGCCUUCGGUGCCAUGAACCGAUCGUCGCUGCACGCGGGCUUAUACGUCUGGGCGGCGAACCUGCGUCAUUUUUUCCACGGCUUGGAAGACUGCCCGAUCUGCUACUCGGUCGUGCAUCCGCAGCACCGCUCGCUGCCCAAGAAGUCGUGCCCAACUUGCAAAUACAAGUUCCACGCCGAGUGCAUUUACCGCUGGUUCCGAACUGCAAGAAAGACGAACUGCCCUCUCUGCCAGUCGCCGUUCUAG